UAACGAAGAAGAAGGAGAACCGGAAGUAGAAGGGGGGUCAGCCAGAGAAAGCGCCAGUAAAGAUGUCUCCGCCGUCUCACUUCGACUUCACUGAAGCCAGAGAUAAAUUUACGGCUGCCACUAAAAGUGCUGUAGAUAUCAGGAACUGUAAACCCCUGACCAACGCUUUCAGCCACCUGCCUGGAAAUGAAACUGAGAAGAAAGCCACUCUUGAUCAAGCCCUGCGUGGAGUUCUUGAAGAGCAGAUUGUGAAGCAGAAAGUGAACGUUGAAGAUUUCCUUUCUCUGAUCUACAUCAGUAUAGACGGUGUGACUGAAGGCAUCUGCUCUGCUACCACUCCUUUUCUUCUGCUGGGAGAUGUUCUCGACUGCCUUCCUCUGGACCAGUGCGACAAAAUCUUCUCCUUUGUUGAAGAAAAUGUGUCUACAUGGAAAUCUAAUACCUUUUACUCUGCUGGAAAAAAUUACUUGUUAAGAAUGUGCAACGACCUGCUCAGGAGACUCUCGAAGUCUCAGAAUACAGUGUUUUGUGGACGAAUCCAGCUGUUUUUAGCACGUCUCUUUCCUUUGUCAGAAAAAUCAGGCCUGAACUUACAGAGUCAAUUCAACCUUGAUAACAUCACGGUGUUCAACAAAAAUGAGCAGGAUAGCACACUUGGACUGCAGCACGCAGAGGUUAAGGAGGAAGGGAUGGAGGUGGAGGAGGGAGAGAUGGGUGAUGAAGAUGCACCUGCUCCCUGCUCCAUUCCUAUUGACUACAACUUGUACAGAAAAUUCUGGACCCUGCAGGACUAUUUCAGAAACCCUGUACAGUGCUACGACAAGUUCUCAUGGAUGACUUUCCUUAAGUAUUCAGAUGAGACACUAGCUGUGUUCAAGAGCUUCAAACUGGAUGACAUGCAAGCCUCAAAGAGAAAGCUGGAGGAGAUGAGGACUGCUGCUGGAGACCACGUCUACUUUGCCAAGUUCCUCACCAGUGAGAAAUUGAUGGACCUUCAGUUGAGUGACAGCAACUUCAGACGACAUAGUCUGCUUCAGUAUCUCAUCCUCUUCCAGUAUCUCAAGGGCCAGGUCAAGUUCAAGAGUUCCAGCUGUGUUUUGAAUGACGAUCAGUCUUUGUGGAUUGAGGACACGACCAAACUAGUCUAUCAGUUACUGAGAGAAACCCCUCCAGAUGGUGACAAGUUUGCGUCGAUGUUUGAGCACAUCCUGAACACAGAAGAAAGCUGGAACUCUUGGAAAAAUGAAGGCUGUCCAAGCUUUGUGAAAGAAAGACCAGCAGAGACCAAACCCAUCCGUCCCAGCAGAAAGAGACAAGCACCAGAGGACUUUUUGGGGAAGGGCCCUGAUCGCAAAAUCCUCAUGGGAAAUGACGAACUCUCAAGGCUCUGGAAUCUAAACCCUGACAAUAUGGAGGCCUGCAAGUCAGAUAGCAGGGAGUUCAUGCCAUCACUGGAGGACUUUUUUGAGGACGCUAUCGAACAGGCAGAUCCAACUAACAUGGUGGAGGAAGAAUACAAAGUUGUGCGUAACUCAAACUACGGCUGGCGAGCCUUGCGAUUGCUCUCCAGAAGGAGUCCUCACUUCUUCCAGCCCACCAACCAGCAGUUCAAGAGUCUGGCAGACUAUCUGGAAAACAUGGUCAUCAAACUGGCCAAAGAGCUUCCUAAAGACCUUCCUUCUGAGGAGAUAAAAACAGGCGAGGAGGAUGAUGAUGAGAAUGGAGAUAACCUGUUAAAAGAGAGCAAUGACAGUCCCAGCAUUCAGAGCAAGGCCGUGACCAACAGUCAGAUGGACGAGAUCGCAGCCAAGCUUGGGUCGCAGUGGAAGACGCUGGCAGACCACCUGGAGAUGAGCGAGAAGGAGAUCCGCGUGAUCGAGUCUGACAGCGAGGAUGUAGAACUACAGGCCAAGAUGCUGCUGGUGGCCUGGCAGGACCGAGAAGGCCCUCAAGCUACGAUGGAGAGCCUGGUCACGGCUCUGAACUCGGCUGGUUUCAGUAACAUCACAGAAGGUCACAGUGAAACAUAACAGCAACAUUUUCUUUUGUUUUAAAUUUUGACUGCACUUCAAUGAAAUGCAUUCUUUAGCUACAUUUUUUAAUUAAAUGUUCAUUUGAAAUCGGUCAAUAGUUUUGUUUGUAAAAUACACACGAGAGUGUCAAUGGCAUGUUUAUUUCACCGUUUAUGAAAAGCCAGUAGUCAAUAAUUUAUUACAGAGCUCAAGUUCUCUUACUCUGACAGAUGAGUUUACAGUGGCAUUUGUUGCAUGGUAGCUAAAGACAUAAGCAGUAAUUGAGCAUAAAGACAUCCUCUCAAAGUGCUUCGAUAUGAAAUCCACCUUUGAUAAGUUUCAAUACACAACACAUCCUUGUAAACAAAUUGCAUUUCUUUUGGUGAGAUCCCAGUAUCACACAACCUCUUCUUGAUGUAUUCAAGUCUGAAACUUGAGGCCAAGAACAUCUUUAUAUACCAAGUCACUACUUCUCCUGCGGGAGGAUACCGUCUAUUGAGUAUGAACACCUUUUCACAGGCUUAAAAAAAA